AUGAGGCUGACCACAGCCUUCUUGGCGAAGAGCCGGUUCCUACGGUUCCUACAGGACCCGAUUCAAUCACAGAUUGGUGCCCAGCUGAACAAUGGGCUCUCUGGUCAGCUUGGCUCAGACGCCCGAGGACACUUCUUGGGCAUGGGGGGUGGGCUCUUGGCCCAGGACCUUGGGGCAAACGCUCAACGGGCCCUACCCCCAGGGUAUGGCCAGUCUAACCCUGGGGCUCCAAACUUCCCUGCGCAGGGGCCUAGAUUACCUCAUCCACAAGGGGCCUUAUUCUCACAAGUUCAGGCCCAGAGAACGAUGUUCAACAACUCCAACUCGGCAACUACAUCUCAACAAGUUUUAAGAUUUGAUCGGAAUGCUUUUGCCAAGAAGAGGGUGGGAGCGAGCGGACCUGAUAUCGUAUACAGGCCGUGCAGACACAUUCCUGAUGCACCGGAGGCUCUAGGAACGUGGCCAGAAGAAAUACAUUUAAAUUACACGUUUGCUGGAGAUGAACAUGACCUUCCCGAUCCGUCAAGGUCAAAGGUCGAGCUCCAUGGAAACGGCCAUGUUACUAUUGGAGCUAACGUGUACAUGACUAUCACGUUAUAUGAUCGUCACGGGCGUAAACGACGUACAGGGGGUGACGUGGUUCGAGCCUGGCUUGCGGAGCCGUCACUAGGGGCCGCUGCCUGCGCCCAAGUGGUGGACAACAAUGACGGAACUUACCGAGCACAAUUUACAGCAUUCUGGGAAGGUAGGCCGGAAGUAAAGACCGCGAUUAUUAUGACGCGAGAGGCAGUUUCAACAGCGUUUAAACGAAGGUACACGUGUCCGCCCGUUAUACUUAACACUGCUGUAUUUCAUCAUCCAAUUGACUUAAGUAUCGCAGAAGAGACGCCGUGUAGUGUCCAUCCUUACAUCAGCGGAUAUGAUGUCAUCUGCAACCUGACCGAUGACAACUUCCGGCGGCCGUGGUACUGCGGAAAACCAAGAAACAGUAGGCUUCUAUGCUCUGAUUGGACGCUGUCCUCCGAGCGAAAUCUCUGGGAGCUAAACAUAGAGCGGCAACAUAUGACGUCAACAGAGCUGUCACUGUUUUCGCUGAAUAACAAUGCUUUGUUGCUGAAGUCCGGAAUAACUCUAAACGUCACUUCAGAUGCUUCUUCACAUCGGUUCGAAACAGACCGGAAAUGUGAUGCGCGAUCAUUGGAAAGUUUGCGUGAUACGUCUACACCUGCGGGGUACUUAUAUGAAAAGAAAUGGUACAGCAAAUUAUGCAGGUCUCAAUUUUAUUUCUCGCAGCUGACGAAAUACCUGAGAAAUGUCCAAAUGGUCAUAAUUGGCGAUUCGACCCAGAGACAAUUUUUCUACGAAAUGCGAAAUCUCGUGACGUGCGAAUUUACAACAGACACUUGGGAUCUCGCGGGGAAACAUCACGAGGUUCGGUGCGAGAACGAGUCUUUGAAAUUCAGCCUCUCUUAUAAACUUCAAGAACUUCCGUUUUGUACAACCAAUACACCGCAUAGGUAUUACCGACCUAUAAGUAUGAACUUAAACGAAUACAAUAAAGCCGACAAAUUGCUAAUUGUUCUGCACGGCUAUGCACAUUUUAAUAACUAUCAUUCGCACGUGUUUUACGAGUAUGUAAAAGAGAUGAAAUCGACCGUUGAAGCAAUAUUGACGUCCUAUCCGCGUUCAUUUAUUGUUAUCAAAGGACCCCAUGCAUUUUCAUUUGCAAAACGGACAGAUCAUUUCAUUUGGAUGCCCGACUCUUAUGCGGCCGUUUACGAGAAAUUUGUUCGUGAUAUAUUUAAGGAUCUAAAAAGUGACAGACUGAUGUUUCUAGAUAUGAUGGACAUAACAAUAGCUACAGCACAGUGGCAUAUACAUUCAGAGAAGUUUAUCAUUCAUGAAAAACUUUCAGAGAUAUUUGCAUUCUAUAGUACAUACAGCGACACAGCGAGCUUAUAAUACGCGAUUGUUACAGACGGGAAGUACGGUAAUAGCGGUACAGCAUUGGCAGGCAGAUGGGGCACCCUUAGCGGGUAGAUGGGCGUUUGGGCGAAGGCUGUUCUUUUUCUUAGUAAUACAGUUUACAUCUAAUCUUCACGAGACUUUCUGGAAAUUUAAGUUUAUAUAAAUUGAAACCAAGUCUUGUAACAAGUAAUUUCACAUCAGGCACUUUAGAGUAUUGUCCUUUGUUUUUUUUUAAAUAUGCGUAAUUCGCCGUUCCUCUCUCCCACUUUAUAUUUUUCGUCCAAUCUUUAUGAAACUUUGUGAAAAUGUGUACUGACACUUAUUCAUAACGUGAGCUCAUAUUACGCAAUUAUUAUAAUGAUAAUGAUUAUUAUUUAUUUUAAUCAAUCAAACAAGGAACGUCAGAGUUAUUGCCCUUCAUUUAUUUAAAAAAAACAUCCGUUAUUCGCCGCUUCCUCGUUCUGACUCCUACAAUUUUCAUCCAGUCUUCAUAAAGCUUUCAGGAAACGUUUGUCGAUAUAAAAUAGAGACCGUAAAUAAAUAAUCAGCCCAUUCGAACGAUGCAAUUUAUAGUUAUUGAUAUUUGUUUAUACACAAAAAUGCAAGAUUCGUUGUGGCCGCUCUCUUUGUCAUCCCGCUAUCAUUAAAUCUUCACCAAACUUACUGCAAAUGUUCGUUGACAUAAAAUGGAGGCUAUCUUCAAGAACCAGCAAAUUUACGCCACGCUCAUCAGAAUAAUUGCACUUAAAAAUGAUAUGAAAUUCGCGUGUUCUGCUCACUUACUCAGACAAUUUUUUAUUGAUUCCACACCAAACUUGCUCGAAAUGUUUGUUGACCUAAAAUGGAGGUCACUUACUAGCCUAACCCCGUUAGGAACCUCAGAAUUGUUGACAUUUAAAAAAAAGAAAAUUGCCACAUUAGUCGUUUUAGCUUUCUUAAACCAUUGACAUUGGGGCCCACAGACAAGGCCCCUAGUCGGCCGUGUGUAUACAUAAAACCUUUAAAAAGAAAUAAAUCAUCGGGUAGUAAUUGUAUUUUGGAUGAAUAUUUGCUUGAAUGCAGUGAUAUUUUGUCUGCCCAUUUAUGUUAUGUGUUUUACGGUAUUUUUGUUUCAGGCUUUUUCCUGAUAAAUGGACAGAAGGGGUUAUAAUCCCUUUGCAUAAUUUUGCGCCGAAUAUGUUUUCUUUAUUUGUUGAAGACCUUGAACUUAACCUACAAGAUAGCAUUAACUAUAGUUUGAAUAGAGAUAAUGUUAUGUUGAUUUUACUAUUAUUUGCUGAUGACAUGGCUAUUUUUGACAAGACACCUGCUGAAGUUCAAACACAUUUAGAUAACUUAUACUUAUAUUGCAAUUCUUGGGGGUUAAAUGGAAAUACUGCAAAACAGAAAAUAAUGGUAUUUCGAAAGAGGGGUGGAUUAAAAAAACGAAAAAUGGGUGUAUAAUGGUAUUGAAAUUGUUGACAACUUUACCUAUUUAGGCACAGUGUUGAAUUAUACUGGAAGUUUUAAACUAAAUCAGGAGCAAUUGGUUGGUUAAGCCCUUAGGGUCACGAAUACGUUAUUUUCUAAAUGCACUGAAUUUGACAUAAAUUUGACAAAACAAAAAUAUUUUGCCAGUUAUUUGACUCUUUUGUGUGUCCUAUAUUAAAUUAUGCUUCAGAAAUAUGGGAUUUCACGAAGUCUGUUGAUAUAUAGAAUGUAAACAUUUAAAAUUUUGCAAACGCUUGCUACAAAUGAAAAUAAAUACUCAUAAUGUUGCUGUUUAUGGAGAAUUUGGUAGAUAUCCAUUGUAUGUAAACAGGAUUGUUAAAAUUAUUAAAUAUUGGUUUAAAGUUAUGAACAAUUAAAAUAUCAUAAUGCAUACAGUGUGCAAACAAGCCUUAAGCGAUUGUAAUAGAGGUUAUACAAACUGUGUCUCAAAUGUUAAGAACAUGUUAAAUAAUUUUGGAUUUAGUUAUGUAUUUGAAAAUCCAAACGUUGUACAAGUUAAUAGUUUUAUUAGCGAGUUCAAAUGUAGACUUGUUGGCAAUUUUUAAAAAGAGUGUUACGGUAAAAUAAAGCUUUUAAAAGCGGUUUGUAAUACGAAACAUAUUUAGAUUUACUUCCUAGACGUCUGCGAGUAUUUUUUUAUAAAAUUUAGAGUCUCUGCAUAUCCUUUGAGAAUCCAAACUGGAAGAUACGCCCAAAAAACAUACCACGAAAUAAACGUUAUUGUUUAUGUUGUAAUGACUUGGAUUUAGAAGAUGAAUGCCAUUUUAUAUGUAUAUGCCUAUUUUACACUGAUUUAAGAAAAGACUUUAUAAGCCGUAAACUUUAUAUAAACCAGUCUGUAUAUAAAUUCCACAAGUUAUAAGUUUUAUGUGACAAAUCAGUUAUUUAUAAUGUAUGUAAAUAUAUCAAAGAAGCUCUUGUUAUAUUUAUAAGAAAUGCGUUUCUAAAUAAUACUGUUUAAUAAUUUCAUUGCCGCAUUGAUAGUUUAUUAGUAUGUGUUCUCUUAAGUGUCCGUUUUAAGUUAUGUAAUGUUAUUUUGUUAUCCCUAGUUACGUGACAGACAAUUCUAUGUAUACUUUAGUAUGAAGACGAUGUACUUGUGUAUAUGUCUGAAUAAACUGUCUGUCUACC